GCCCUGUUCGGUGCCCGCCAUUUUUUAAACGGCCAUGGCGGCCAGCUGGGCCCCCGGGGGGAAUGGGCGGCACCGCUCUCCUCCUAACCCGGGCACAGGCCGCCUGAGGCCUGCGGGCGUUGGUGUGGAAAACGAGCGAGGCAGCGUGACUGAACAGCUUAGCUGAGCCCUGGAGUCUGUGAAACACUGAAAGUCAAGUGAAACAAGUAGAUGAUUGUCAAACCUUUAUUUUGAAUCUGAUCCAACAAAAAGGGAAAUCUGUAGAAAAUGUCACCUGGGAAAGUUUUGCAACCUGUACUGAAAAUGAAAGUGGAUGAACUCUUUUUGUGCUGGUUGAGUCAGCCUGGAACUCAGCUGACACUAAAGGACUGUUUGAGAAGAAUCAAGAAUGAGGAGAAAACAGAGAUUGGUAACGGACAUUCAGGAAAUGGUAAAAAUGAGAGGUUUGCUAAUAAAAAUUCCAAUUCCACGCAAUGCAUAUUAGCAGAUACCAGACUGCCUUUGAUGUCUUUAAGUCCUCUUCAACUUUCUACUACUCUUCCAUUGGCAACUCCUGCCAGCCAAAGGAACAUUUCUAAUGUUAGAGCAACACGUCGAUCCUCAGGAACCAGAGUAGUUCAGACAAAGAAGGAAGAAACUUUGCCACCAUCACUUAGUCAAAACAUUCCAACUUUCUAUUUUCCUCGAGGAUGUCCUAAGGAAAAAGUGAAUAUAGAUGCUGUGAUUGCCAAAAUUGAGAGAACUUUCUCUGAGUUUCCAAAUGAGAGGGCAACGUUAGAAGACAUGGGGAAGGUUGCAAAGGCUUGUGAAUGCCCGCUUUACUGGAAAGGUCCUUUGUUUUAUUGUGCUGGAGGUGAACGAACAGGAUACGUGUCAGUUCAUAAAUUUGUUGCGAUGUGGCGGAAAAUACUUCAGACCUGCUAUGAUGAUGCUGCAAAGUUUGUUCAUCUUCUAAUGAACCCUGGGUGCAACUACUUGGUGCAAGAAGACUUCAUUCCUUUUCUACAAGAUGUGGUGAACAGUCAUCCUGGCCUAUCAUUUUUAAAAGAAGCAUCCGAAUUUCAUUCUCGGUACAUUACCACAGUUAUACAGAGAAUAUUCUACACAGUAAAUAGGUCCUGGUCUGGGAAAAUAACUUGUAACGAGCUCAGAAAAAGCAACUUUUUGCAGAAUGUGGCAUUAUUGGAAGAGGAAGCUGAUAUUAACCAGCUGACAGAGUACUUCUCAUAUGAACAUUUUUAUGUUAUAUAUUGCAAAUUUUGGGAGCUGGAUACAGACCAUGACCUCUAUAUUGAUCGGAAGGAUUUAGCUCGACAUAAUGAUCAUGCAAUAUCAAAUAGGAUGAUAGAGAGGAUCUUCUCAGGAGCAGUAACAAGAGGUAGAAAAGCACAAAAAGAUGGAAAAAUUAGCUACGCUGAUUUUGUCUGGUUUUUGAUAUCUGAAGAGGACAAGAAGACACCGACUAGCAUUGAAUACUGGUUCCGCUGCAUGGAUCUUGAUGGGGAUGGUGCUUUGUCUAUGUAUGAACUGGAGUAUUUUUAUGAAGAACAGUGCCAAAAAUUAGAUAACAUGGCCAUAGAACCUUUGCCAUUUGAAGACUGUUUGUGCCAGAUGCUGGAUCUUGUGAAGCCACAAUAUGAAGGAAAAAUUACUCUGCACGAUUUAAAGCGAUGUAAGUUGACAAAUGUGUUUUUUGAUACUUUUUUCAACAUUGAAAAAUACCUUGACCAUGAACAGAAGGAUCAGUUUUCCAUGUUGCGGGAUAGUGAAGGUGAAAGCCAAGAGGUCUCUGACUGGGAGAAGUAUGCUGCUGAAGAGUACGAUAUCUUGGUAGCAGAAGAGGCAGCAAGUGACCAGUGGAAUGACGGGUACGAAGCAGAGCUCAACCCUGCAGACCAUCAGAAGGCCAACGCCCUGAAGUACCAAAUGGAAAAAAGGCCGUUUUUUGAACUGCCUUCCCAUCUGGCCGACGUAGACUUGGAUGACUACGACUACGAAGAGGACUUCGAGUAGCGGUUACUUAGGGUCAACGCGUGCAGAAGAGAAGGGACACUCUGCAGCAGGUCUGCUCCACCCCCUCGUUUUCCCGUAGGUUUUGUUUCCAGGAAGCCGGCUUAGUUUUGCGCUCAGCGUAUUUACUCCCUACACCACCUUCCCAAUAAAAGACGCGCAUUUGUAUGGAA